CGUGCGCAGUGUGCAGUGUGCAGAACGUACCUGCGCCCGAGAAGUUGUCGUCGUUCGUCGCGAGUCGGCUUCCCAGGCGUCCUGUAAAAUACGUUGGAAUAAAUUGGACACUUUUAUGAAGAAAAAUGGCUACUGCUCAGAUGCAGAGGAAUUUUAUGAGUGCAGUGAUAUUUCCUAAUAAGAUUUCAAGUGAGCAACAGUCCUUGGUGUUGGUGAAGAGGCUCCUAGCAGUUUCUGUAUCCUGUAUAACAUACUUAAGAGGAAUAUUUCCAGAAUGUGCCUAUGGAACAAGAUAUUUAGAUGAUCUUUGUGUCAAAAUUCUGAGAGAAGACAAAAAUUGUCCAGAAUCCACUCAGUUAGUGAAAUGGAUGCUAGGAUGCUAUGAUGCUUUGCAGAAAAAAUAUCUAAGGAUGGUCGUUCUGGCUGUAUACAGCAAUCCAGAAGACCCUCAGACAAUUUCAGAAUGUUAUCAGUUUAAAUUCAAGUAUACAAGCAAUGGACCAGUUAUGGAUCUCACAAGUAAAAGCAAAGGCAGUAGUUCUAACCUGUCAUCUUCUGACACAAAGAAAGCAAGUAUUCUCUUAAUUCGCAAGAUUUAUGUUCUGAUGCAGAAUCUGGGGCCUUUACCCAAUGAUGUCUGUUUGACAAUGAAACUUUUUUACUACGAUGAAGUUACACCACCAGAUUACCAACCUCCGGGUUUCAAGGAAGGUGAUUGUGAAGGAGUAAUAUUUGAUGGGGAACCCACGUACCUAAACGUGGGUGAAGUUCCAACACCUUUUCAUACCCUGAAAGUGAAAGUGACAACUGAGAAAGAACGAAUGGAGAACAUUGAUAAAACUGUACUAACAGAGAAACAGUUAAAAAUACCACUACAGAAAAUCCUGAUGGAUAAAGAAGAUCUAGAAGCACAAGAACAGUUUAUGAAUGAAGAUUUUGUCAUUAGUGAUAAAAUGAGAGAACAGGAAAAAAACCAUGAGUCUUCAGAAGUUGGAGAAUUAAGUUUAGCUUGUGAGGAAGAUGAAAUUAUGAGGUCUGAAGAAAGCCCAAAUCCUUCCAUCUCUCGUUCUCAGGUUGAGCAGUUGAUCAAUAAGACAUCAGAACUUGAUGUAUCAGAAAGCAGAACAAGAAGUGGAAAGGUUUUUCAGAAUAACAUGGCUUACAGAAAUCAGCCAAUGAAGCUGUGUAAAGAAACUAAGAGGAGUCGGCCUGAAUCGAGGCGAAAGGUCCUCCAACCAUUUGAAUCUUCCUGUAGUCAAGAUUCAAUGCCAAAAAGGAGAAAGUUUAGUGAACCAAAGUAUUACAUAUAGAGAUGAUUUUCCCUUCUGCUUGUUUGUAAAGAUCUUCUCAACUUAUGCUAUCUAAAUUGAAUAUUACAUUUUAAGGUGUGUCUCCUCCUCUGCCUCUAUACCCAAUCCCCGAAGAACUUGAAACUUUAUGUAUGUAACCCUAAAGCAGGUCUCACACAUUUUAGAAUUGACUAUAGCUUAAAAUAUUAUGAAUUAAGAACCAAAUUUUGAUCUAUUCUGAGGAAGUUUGUGGGACAAAGGCAAAUAAAAUUGUCAGGUGACUGGUUAACUCAUUUUCCAAUUAGCACUGAAUUAUCUCUGUUUGGCAGACCAUUCAUUUAGAAAUAUAUCCAUUAAUUUUUAAUUUGCUUUAAUACUACCAACUCUGAUAUAUUGAGGUAUUAAC